AUGUUUUCUUUUGACAAAAAAAAUGCUGAAAAGCAAGCAUUUGUUGAUAAGGCUAGGUCAGAGCGUGAGAAACGAGAAUUGCAACGUGUUAAGCAAAAAGAAGAACAAAAACAUGCGCAAGCAGUCAAUGUGAUACAAACUGCAUAUAAAAAACAUCUUCAAAGAAAGAAAGAUAUCAAACAUUUACGAGAACUAUGGGAUAAUGAUGUCUUAUAUUCUGAUGGCAACGGGACAAAUUCAACAUUUUCCGUUUCCUCAAUUGAAAUUCUUGAUUAUUCAUACUUGAUGUUUGCUUUCUUCAAUCCGUCUAAUGAUGCGAAAGAUCUUUCGAGAUUUUCGUAUCUUUGCAAAAUGAUUUUAUCCACAACUACUCCUUCAAUACCUGCAAAGUCUCAAACACAAGAAACUUCAAAUACAAUUGUACCAUUUCAUUCUCUACUGCUUAAUGAACGGCACAGAGUGUUGAUGUUGAAAAUUAUGAAAAAAAUACUUUGGCAGUGUGUCAUUUGUGUUGUCGGUUUUUUACAUGAAACUAUUACUCCAAAUUCUUCUAAGCCUUUGUAUCUUUCCGGUCCGGAAUUACGGCUACUUAUAUACUUUCUUGAUCCUAAAAAUUAUAUUGUCAAAGGAACUAUUGCUUCUUAUUCUUCUAUAUGGAGUCAACAACUUGUAAUACUUCAUGAUUAUCUUAUUAAUCAGAGAUUUUACAAGCAAUUUGGUUAUGGAAUAAUGCUGCGUGUAAAUUCCAUUCUUUCUCUUCAAUCAAGGGCCGCAAAAGCUGAAUUAGUAAAUAAUGAUAAGAAACUUUUAAAAUCGUCUCAAUUAUGGCUAAUGGCAUGCCUUCGAUGCUGCUUGUUUCCUUUAAGUUUAAAUAAUGAAGUUGAUAUGACAUUAAACAAUUCACAAUCAUUGGAAAUGUCUCAAAGCAAUGUACAAGAUCGUUCAGUAAUUAUCUUAAAUAAUUUUAUUUGUCAUAUAUUGACAACCCCUUGUUUGUUAUCAUGCUUUGAUGAGGCUUGUUUAGAGAUGUUCAAAACUUAUAAUAUUCCAUCGCGAGUAACUUACACUAUGUGUACUCCUAAUCGUGCGGUUAAAAUAUUACAAGCGAUCACAGGUAAUGACACUAUAUUUCUCGCUGGAAACUUGGUAGAGCUAAUGUCAAGAAUAGAUAUAAUUUCUCUUCCAUCUAACAAACUUAAAAUAACAUUUAAUAAUUUCAUCGAAUCAAUCAUUUCUCCAUUGCAACAUUGUCAAAAAUUUGUUUCUACUAAACAAUCUAAUACCCAUUAUCAAUAUCAUCCUAUCUUCACUUGGUAUUCCGGAACAACUGAUCCAAACAUUUCGACAUCUCAUUUCAAUAGAUUAAUAUCACAACUUGAAUAUUUAUGGCAGAAACCAUUCUUACUUCGAUCAUUCAAUCACAUCUUGAAUUUUAAAUUCGACUCACAAUUUAAUAAUAAUCUCGACUCUUCCAAUAAGUCAUCGCAGAAAAAAACUUUAGACGACAAAAAGUCAAGUUUAACUUCUAGUCAGAUGACUCUCUUAGCUGUUGAUACUCAAGAUGUUUGUCGACUUUAUCUCAUGCUCUCAAAAUUACUUAACAUGCAAAAACAUGAUAUCAUGAUGAAUUUGACUUUCAUUCCACGUCUUGUACCUGCCCUAUGGCAGUUUAUGAUGUGUUUAGGCCCUAAAGGGCGAAUGAAAAUUUUUUUAUCUGAAACUGUAAUUAAAGAUCCUGAAAAAGAACCACUAAUCGGGAUUUUAGAGUUAUUUUGCGAAUCUUGUGGUAUAUUGUUAUUAACCAUAGAUGAUGACGAAUUAUAUGAAAUGCAAACUUCUUUUUCAAUUGAACGUGAUUUGAGACCUAUGGCUACAUUCUUUAAUAAAUUUUGCUUUGCUCUUCUUAGUAAUUCUCUACCCGAUGGUAAUCCUCCUGCAAUAUUUGAAUCUGCACGAAGAGUACUUCUUCAAUUGCAUUCGCGUGAUACUAGGCGCAUAUUUACUAGCCCGGAUCAUACAUGGCUUCUUAUUAAAGACCCCAAAAAAUCUUUACCAUUAUCUUUAGCAAACUUUCUCAAAAAAUCAUCUAUAGUCAAUUCCAAUAAUUUGGGAACUUCAUUUUUAGAACGAAUCCGUAAUAAUGAUCCUAUUUCUGUGAAAAUUCUAAAUCUAUUGCCUCAUACUAUUCCUUUUGAGACCAGACUCGAUAUAUUUCGUGAAUCUGAUGAUUCUUUUAUCAGUGAUUGGUCGGAUAUUGUAAUCAAGAUUAGACGCGAUCAUGUAUUAGAUGAUGGAUACAAGCAAUUAGGAAGAUUGACUGCAGCGCAGAUUAAAGGCCAGAUUCGAGUUAUGUUUGUAAAUGAAACUGGCGUGGAUGAAAUUGGUGUGGAUCAAGGAGGUCCGUUCAAGGAAUUUAUUACUCAACUUAUAGCUGAAGCUUUUGAUCCAAAAUGCGGUCUCUUUGCUGUCACACCUGAUGGUUCUCUUUAUCCCAAUCCCCAUAGUACAGCUUCAAAAUUACCAUUUUAUACAUUUUUGGGCCGAAUGAUUGCAAGAGCAAUGAAAGAAAAAAUUCUAUUAGAUUCCCAAUUUGCAGAAUUUUUUUUAAGCAAGAUUUCUGGACGAGGUGUAUUUUUAGAAGACCUUAUUGGUUGGAAUAAUGAAUUAUGGAAGAAUUUAAUAUUUUUGAAGAGAUAUGAAGGCAAUGUUGAAGAUUUGUGUUUAUAUUUUGUAGUAGAUGAAGAGAUCAAUGGACAGAUUAGAUCAAAAGAACUUAGAGCAGGUGGUUCACACAUGGCUGUUACAAAUUACAACAGAAUUCAGUAUAUCUAUCUUAUGGCAGAUUAUAAACUGAAUAAGCAAAUCAAGGAACAAACAGAAGCUUUUAUCAGUGGCUUUCAAUCCAUGAUACCAAUAAAUCGACUUAGAAUGUUUUCACCACCAGAACUGAAACGUGUAAUGUCCGGAGAAGACGUUGAUUGGAACAUAUCAGACUUACGCCAACAUACUACAUAUCAAACCGGAUAUUUCGAUCAGCAUAAAACUAUAAGGAACCUUUGGUCGAUAUUAGAGGAGUUUGAUUCUAAAGAUAAAAAUGCGUUUUUAAAAUUUGUCACAAGUUGCUCGAGGCCUCCACUUGGCGGAUUUAAGUACUUGCAACCACAAUUUACUAUCCGCUUGGUAUCUAUGGAAUAUGAUGAUUCUGAAUCACGUCCUGUCCUUGCACCAGUUAAAGCCUUUUUCAGUUUUGGAAACUCCAAAUCGGCAUCUAAAGGAAGAUUGCCUACUAGUUCUACAUGGUAA